AGCGACAGGCGGCGAGGUGGGAGGAGGCUGGCGGGGCGGAGGAAGAGGAGGAGGGAGCGCGGCGGUGCUGCGGGGCGUAUCAGCCGGUGCUGGACUAUGGUGCGGCUCGGCGGGGGCUGACACGCCGGCAGCCCGCCCGCCUUCCUCCCUGCCGGCUGACAGGCACGUGUGGGAUGUGAGAGCUGCCCUCGCCGGGGGAGCAUGAGCUGUGCCCAGGCCGGCAUUGUGCAGGAAUUGAUGCGCUUACAAUUGGCGGGUCAUUAUGCUGCUCCACCUGUGUAGUGUUAAGAAUCUGUACCAAAACAGGUUCCUGGGCCUGGCAGCCAUGGCGUCUCCAUCUAGGAACUCACAAAAUCGGCGCCGGUGCAAAGAGCCUCUCAGAUACAGCUACAACCCUGACCAGUUCCAUAACAUGGACAUCAGGAACAAUUCCCAUGAGACGGUCACCAUUCCUAGGUCUACCAGUGACACAGACCUCGUCACCUCAGACAGCCGCUCCACCCUGAUGGUCAGCAGCUCCUACUACUCCAUCGGGCAUUCGCAGGACCUGGUGAUAUACUGGGAUAUAAAAGAGGAAGUGGAUGCAGGGGACUGGAUUGGCAUGUAUCUCAUAGAUGAGGUCUUGUCAGAAAACUUUUUGGACUACAAGAACCGUGGUGUCAAUGGCUCUCACCGGGGUCAAAUUAUUUGGAAGAUUGAUGCCAGCUCUUACUUUGUGGAGCCUGAAACAAAGAUCUGCUUCAAGUACUACCAUGGUGUGAGUGGGGCACUACGAGCCACGACUCCAAGCGUGACAGUGAAAAACAAUGCAGCUCCUCAGAUUUUUAAAAGCAUCACCAAUGAAGACUCAGUCCAGGGACAAGGAAGUCGGAGAUUGAUAAGUUUUUCACUGUCAGAUUUCCAGGCUUUUGGUCUGAAGAAAGGGAUGUUCUUCAAUCCAGAUCCUUAUCUGAAGAUUUCCAUCCAGCCUGGAAAACAUAGCAUCUUCCCAGCCCUUCCUCACCAUGGACAGGAGAAAAGAUCUAAGAUCAUCUGUAACACUGUUAACCCUAUCUGGCAAGGAGAGCAAUUCAGCUUUGUCUCCCUGCCCACGGAUGUCCUGGAAAUAGAAGUUAAAGACAAAUUUGCAAAGAGCCGACCGAUCAUCAAGCGUUUCCUGGGAAAACUCUCCAUGCCGGUUCAGCGCCUCUUGGAAAGACAUGCCAUAGGGGACAGGGUUGUAAGCUACACUCUGGGUCGCAGACUUCCUACAGAUCAUGUCAGUGGCCAGCUGCAGUUCCGAUUUGAGAUAACUUCUUCCAUCCAUCCAGAUGAUGAAGAGGUCUCCAUUAGUGCAGAUCCUGAGCCAGCUGACCUCCCGGAAAGCCCUGUGAACAACCCCACGGAGGAAAGCCUCGGUGAGCCUCCAUGCAUCAACACAGUGACCUCAGAAAGUACAGCUCCAGAACAGCUAAAUGGAUACAGUGUGAACAGUGUCGAUAGCCCAGGGGCUGUCAAACCACCUGGGGAAGUCAACCAGAACAGCUUAAAUGAAGAGCUAGCAGGAGAUGGGGAGGUUGAUGCGGUGCCAGUUCCUGAGCCCUUGGAAUCCAUCCCAGGAGAAGUACUGCCUUUGAGUGCUACGGACAUCAUGGAGCAGUCGGAUCUGACGGCUUGCAUGUCUCCUCCUGAGCCUGAAGUUAGGGAAAAUAACAAAGUCAAUUCUGGUAUUCAGGGAGAUGGUGGAGUCUUGACCAGCAUAGAAUCAGUAGAUAUUGAUGAGGUGAGUGCAGAUGUGCAUGCUGGCAAAGACCUAGAGAAGAGUCAGGAUGAAGAAGAAGAAGGGGCUUCAGCCCAGGAGGAGGAAGACAACAAGCUACAACUUAGGACCACAGCAAAGAGGAAAAACAGGCCGUGCUCCCUGCCUGUGUCUGAACUUGAGACAGUCAUAGCUUCAGCUUGCGGUGAGCCAGAGACCCCUCGCACGCACUACAUACGGAUACACAACCUGCUCCACAGCCUGCCCUCGGCACAGAUGAGCAGCGAUGGGGAAGAAGAGCAAGAUGGUGGCAAUGGCAGGGAGAACGAUGAGGAGUCUACUGUCAAGGAGGUGAUGGAUAAGGAGGUGGUCAGUGAGAGUGAGACCGUGGCAGCAGAGCCGCCUCUGGAGAACGAGGCUGAAGAGAACUUCAGCCAGAGCACGGUGCCUCCUGGGACCUUGGAUGAGCAACUCUCUGACAUGAAUGAUGGGCUGUUGGAUGGGGAAUCCCUCCGGACAGGAAGUGAGAGCGAGUCGAGCUCCAGGCCCAAUGGUGACAACGAAUGUGAGGCGUGUGACACCUCCUGCUACAGCCCCUCCUGCUACAGCACCUCCUGCUACAGCACCUCCUGCUACAGCACUUCGUGCUACAGCACCUCCUGCUACGACAGUAACAACCGCUUCUCCAGCCACACGCGCUUCUCCUCCGUCGACAGUGCAAAGAUUUCCGAGAGCACGGUCUUUUCCUCUCAGGAUGAUGAUGAGGAGGAGAACAGUGCUUUUGAGUCAGUGCCAGAUUCAGUGCAGAGCCCUGAGCUGGACAGGGAGCAAGUGGAUGGCUCCUCCCAGUGGCCAGAUGAACUAGUAGCUCAUGGUGGGAACCCACAGAGAGCCACAGAGGGUCUAGACACCCCAGUAGCAGGUCCAAGCAGCAGAAGAGAAGGUGAUUGUCCUUUACUCCAUAAUUCUCAGCCAGUCAGCCAGCUUCCUUCUCUGAGGCCUGACCAUCAUCACUACCCAACUAUCGAUGAGCCUCUUCCACCAAAUUGGGAAGCUCGGAUAGACAGCCACGGGAGAGUGUUCUACGUGGACCAUGUCAACCGCACCACCACGUGGCAGCGGCCCACGGCCGCGGCAACGCCCGACGGCAUCCACAGGUCGGGCUCCAUCCAGCAAAUGGAGCAGCUGAACCGCCGGUACCAAAACAUCCAGCGAACCAUCGCAACAGAGAGGACUGAAGAUGAUGCUGUGGUAAACAACAGGGUGGAGAGAGUUCCCACUGGAGGAGGAAGUGACUCUGAGGCAGAGCCUUCCCAGCCAAGCCCAGAGAUUAGGAGGGAAGGUUCCCUUUCUCCUGUGAAUUCUCAAAAAAUCACCUUGUUGCUGCAGUCUCCAGCUGUGAAGUUCAUCACCAAUCCCGAGUUCUUCACCGUGCUGCAUGCAAACUAUAGUGCCUAUCGAGUCUUCACCAACAGCACCUGCUUGAAGCACAUGAUUCUGAAGAUUCGUAGAGAUGCUCGUAAUUUUGAGCGGUAUCAGCACAACAGAGACCUAGUAAAUUUUAUCAACAUGUUUGCUGAUACCCGACUGGAGCUUCCUCGUGGCUGGGAGAUAAAAACUGACCAGCAGGGCAAGUCUUUCUUUGUUGACCACAACAGCCGUGCUACCACCUUCAUAGAUCCCAGGAUCCCGCUGCAGAAUGGGCGUCUCCCAAAUCACCUGACUCACCGGCAACAUCUCCAGCGGCUCCGUAGCUACAGCGCUGGAGAGGCCUCUGAAGUCUCUCGAAACAGAGGAGUUACUCUGUUGGCCAGACCAGGCAAUAGUCUCGUAACAGCUAUUCGAAACCAGCACCAUCACGAGGCAUUACCUCUGGCUUACAAUGACAAGAUUGUUGCAUUUCUACGCCAACCCAACAUUUUUGAGAUGCUGCAGGAACGUCAGCCCAGCUUGGCCAGAAACCAUGCACUCAGGGAGAAGAUCCAUUACAUUCGGACAGAGGGUACACAUGGGCUUGAAAAGUUGUCAUGUGAUGCAGAUUUAGUAAUUCUGCUGAGCCUUUUUGAAGAGGAUAUCAUGUCCUACAUACCACUGCAGGCUGCCUUCCACCCAGGGUACAGUUUUUCUCCUCGCUGCUCACCCUGUUCAUCACCCCAAAACUCGCCAGGGCUGCAGCGAGCAAGUGCAAGAGCACCUUCUCCAUACAGGAGGGAUUUUGAAGCCAAGCUGCGCAAUUUCUAUCGAAAACUUGAAGCCAAAGGGUAUGGGCAAGGUCCAGGGAAAAUUAAGUUGAUUAUACGGCGUGACCACCUGCUGGAGGGCACCUUCAACCAGGUCAUGGCCUAUUCCCGCAAGGAGCUCCAGCGCAACAAACUCUACGUCACGUUCGUCGGCGAGGAAGGGCUGGACUACAGUGGCCCCUCCCGAGAAUUCUUUUUCCUUCUGUCUCAGGAGCUCUUCAAUCCCUACUAUGGGCUGUUUGAGUACUCAGCCAACGACACCUACACUGUACAGAUCAGCCCCAUGUCUGCCUUUGUUGAAAAUCACCUGGAAUGGUUCAGGUUCAGCGGUCGUAUUCUUGGCCUGGCUCUCAUUCACCAGUACCUUCUUGAUGCUUUCUUCACAAGGCCCUUCUACAAAGCCCUGCUAAGGCUGCCAUGUGAUUUAAGUGACUUAGAGUACCUGGAUGAAGAGUUCCAUCAGAGCUUGCAGUGGAUGAAGGAUAACAAUAUCACAGAUAUCCUGGAUCUAACCUUCACAGUGAACGAGGAGGUGUUUGGACAGGUGACAGAGAGAGAGUUGAAGUCUGGAGGGGCAAAUACAGCAGUGACAGAAAAGAACAAAAAGGAGUACAUCGAGAGAAUGGUAAAGUGGCGAGUGGAACGAGGAGUGGUCCAGCAAACAGAGGCCCUGGUCCGUGGCUUCUACGAAGUUGUAGACUCCAGGCUUGUCUCUGUUUUUGAUGCCAGAGAACUGGAGCUAGUUAUAGCUGGCACUGCAGAAAUAGAUCUCAAUGACUGGCGGAACAACACAGAGUAUCGUGGAGGCUACCAUGAUGGGCACAUUGUGAUCCGGUGGUUCUGGGCAGCUGUGGAGAGGUUCAACAACGAGCAGAGGCUGCGAUUGUUGCAGUUCGUCACGGGAACGUCGAGUGUGCCCUACGAGGGCUUUGCCGCUCUCCGAGGGAGCAACGGCCUGCGGCGCUUCUGCAUAGAAAAAUGGGGCAAAAUCACCUCCCUCCCAAGGGCACACACAUGUUUCAACCGUUUGGAUCUUCCACCUUACCCCUCAUAUUCUAUGCUGUAUGAAAAGCUGCUGACAGCUGUUGAAGAAACUAGCACCUUUGGACUUGAAUGAGGGGGUUCAGGCACUUCUGGUGUUUUUAUGGCUGAUGAUGUCACCUUUCCUGUCCACCGUCAUUUGAUCUUGGUUUCCCAUGUUUUUAUUUUUGAAAACAAAACAAAAAUCAAGAUUAACAAAAGCCGUGCAUGAAGAACUGCCACCCUCUAUGAUCUAACCUUCAUGCUUUCAUCCUCUGUUUCCAAUGGACUGCUAGUCUGUAUGCAAUAGAAAAACAACUGUCUCAAGGUUUCUGUAUAUCUCUACAUACCUCCAUUAAUAACAAUGAAAAUACAAAUGCAAGUUACACUACACUUGACCAAAUGUUAAUAAAUGUUUACUUCCACCUACGUUGAUUAAAAAAUAAAAAAAAACCUUCAUCAAGCAUUCCAAGCUUUUAUAUACCCAUAUCUUCUAAAUCAAUUCAUAGCCCAUCAUACUUCUUAAUUGUUGAAUCCAGUACUAGGAGCUGGUCAAAUAUGUCAUCAUUCAUCCCUAUUUUCCCUGUAUGUAUUGUCCAUCUGAAAGACACCUAUGAGCAAAACUGAAAUUUUUAUAUAUGAACUCAUGAUCCACAUCAGUUGUAUCAGCUGGAACUGGCCCAGAUACAUGGUGCAGAUAAGACCUUCAAAAAGUAAAAAAAAACCACCACCAACCUGUAAUGCAAUACAAAGCAUAACGGCGAUUGUUAUGAUUGUUGCUUGCCAGUACUGGAGAGAACUCGCACUUCAGAGCUAUCGGGAGGGGCAUCUCCAUUGUAAUGUUUACCACACAAGAAGCACAAGGUUGUGCACACUCAAGAAGGAUGUUUUAUUAUGUAGCAUAAAGGACAAGGCUCCCUUACCUUAGUAUUGUAUAUGACAAGGAAAAGGGGAAGUAAGAAGAAUGUUCUACUCUUAUGAAUACCCUUGGGUUCUGUUUACCAGAUCUUUGUUUUCUGAUGUUUAAAAUGUUUGUUUCCAAAUGACAAGUCUAGACAAUCCCAUCCCCUGUGUCAGAAGCCAUUUACUUUGUUAGGUUGGGCUAACCCAUGGUUGCUGGGGGCGGUUGUCAGUUCUGUUGUUUCUCUUUUCUUGUUCAGUGGAAUAGUCCAUAUCCUCAAGAGUGAUUGGUUGUAGACAGAAUGUUUUUGUCUGGGAUCUGUCAAAUGAGAAGCUGCAGUGAAUGAAGGUGUUUGUCAGGUAUGAAGGGAGCUGUAAUUCUCUGGGUGUUAAGAUUUUGGUGUACAUCCUCUUGGAGGAAGCCCAAAGGCCCUCCAGUCAUUCUAUGUACCACUAAACUAAAGAUCUUGCUCUUGUUACUGCAGACAUAACCCUCUUCUGUUUGGUGUACUUUCCAACUCUGAAUCCGGGGGGAAAAAAGGAAAACAGCAGUAGGCUUGUCUUUGGAUGGAUUUUGCUGAGGCUGUUACCGUCAAACUACUGCUCUGAUUACAUUCUAGUUAUUAAUCUUUGCUGCCCUUGUUUUCCAAGACUAAUCUCAGAUUGAAAGUGUUUGUCUUAACUGGGAAAUGGAAAUACAAAGUAUCUUCUGACACUAAAUAUGUUAGAGGAUGCAAGAAAUGCAAAGUGACAGAUUUGUGAAGGUACGUGAGAAGGUAACACCAUAGUGUUCAGCAGCUUGUAUGAAGUACAACACUCCCUCGAGGGCUUGUUACUGGUAGUUUUGUGUUAGUUAUGCUUUGGAUCACUGUAAAAUCAGGAGACCAUUUCAAGAUCUAACACAGCCAUUUCAUCUUAAGUUUUUUCUCCAGAGGAAAAAAAAUUGGACUCUGCAUUCUCGCAUAUUUCUGUGGUGGUUAUACAGAACCUUAUGACAUUUGAAAAAUUGUGUUCUGAGAGUUUUAGAUCUUUCUCCUGCUUUUAUUCUUAGGUCAGUAGGUAUUUGAAAGGUUAUGGACCCAAAAAUAUAUUUCUAAGCAAAGAAAUUUUUUUUAAUUUUUUUUUUUUUUUUUUUUACUGGUACAUUAAAAUCUGAAAUACUUAAAUUGCCCCUUCAUUCGAUUUCUGUGGCAUUUCAGCAACUUUUAUGCUAAUUUACUGUAUGGCUUUUACUGAGAAUCUAUGUUUUAGUGUGUUGUUGUUGUUUAAUACAGUUGCAGAGGCUGCAGCUACAGGCCAGCUUCAUUGUACCCCACACUGAAAAUGAUGUUUAGUGUUUCCAUAAAUGAGCUCUCAGGCAUUGAUUCUAUGUGACCAGCUCACUGCACAGGAGAGAUGGAAAAAUUAAUGUUUUUCUUAGAGCAUCUGUUAAAUGUCCACAUGAAUUUCAUCAGGACAAGUCACACCAGGAACAUGAAAUCUUCCAAUGUAUGUAAUUCCUGCCUCUUCACCUCUUGGCCCCCAAAUCCAGUGAUUCUUGUAUGGUUCCUAAUUUAUUCCUGAUGAUGUUAUAAAGUUACCUGUACUAUGUCAAAUGUUGGAUGUCUUCCAACAUUAGAAGAAAGAGAAGCAUCCAACUGGUUGGUCCAUGUUUGGCCAAGGAAAAUAAAGAGCUGUCUCAAUAACAUAGUAAAAAAGUGGGGGGAAAAAAUCAAUCUUUACAACACUGUAUAGUUAAUUUUUUUUAAGUGUUUUAAAACUAUAUUUUAUUACAAAAAAGUGAAACUAUUUUUUGUAGCAUAAUAAAAGAUGUUUGUAUUUCAGAGACAGCAUCAAGCUCCACUAAAUGAAAUACAGAAGGCUUUCUCCUGAAAUUCUUCUUCACAACACUUUCUGGCACUCAUCACACACUAAACUAGAUUAUGUUUGGCAGAUGCCAUCUUAAGCACCUUGUGUGUUGCUCCUCUGAGAAACACAGAGCAUAGCCAGCUACUUCCCAUCAAAAUCCUUGAUCCAAGUUGUCUUUCAAGCACACAGCCUAAUAUUUUUUAAAAGCUGCUUUCUAAGUUGACAAAGUCAUGCAGAUUUCCUUGAAAGUUUUUUUUUUUGAUCUAAGGCCAGGAAUAGAGAUGGUUGACUGUUUUCAUAAAGCAAAGUGAAAGAAAAUGCCAUGUGUGGCUUUUCCUGCAUUCUGCCAUUCCAGGCCUAUCCCUCUCUCUUCCCAAAUGCCCCACCCCAAUAGGUUUUCAAACUCCUACAUUAUCUUUCUGAUAUCCGGAUCAGCGUUUCACAGUGUUUCUCCGUUCCUUGUGUCAUGCCAUGGGCAGAAUCCAGUCUCAGCCUGGAGUGAGGGGGAAGCCGUGCAUCUGCAGAGUCAGAGUGAGGCAGUGAAUGGUGCUCACAGGAGAGAGGGAGGAACCUACCCCCCUCAGCCUGUUAUUCAACCUGCCCAUUAUGCAAUUAAUUGACUUUGUUGCUGUUGUGGUGCAUAUGCAAGACAUACCCUUCCUAGUUCAUCUGUUGAUUCAAGUGCUGCCACUCCCCAGGUCUGCAUCUUCAUUUGUAAAACACUGACUGCUGAUUACAGAAAUUAUGGUUUCAUUGUUUCCCACAGGAAAGACUAAAAGAUAUUCCAUAGAGCAGAUUUACAGUGAAAUAAUCUUUUCAGCUCUUCUACCUGGUGGUGGCUUGAUUAAGAUACAAUAUCAGCAUCAUUAGAUUUUUAAAAUGCGAGUGAAAAUGGAAAAGCCAAUCUGACAGCUUUCAUGAAUUCUAGUUUUUGAUUGGAGCAAUGAAUGCUGGCAAUGGUUUCAGAGGGCCCAUACAUUUUUGAAAAUUAUUGUCAUGAUGGUAUUAAUGAUAAAGGGAGGGAAGGGGGUAUUUCUGGUUUUGAAAUCCUGUUAGCAUUAAUCUGGAGAUAAGAGAAUGGAAGUAGGCAUUUUAAAUCAUCAGUAGGUCUUCCAGCUUGAAGUAGUCUCACUGACUGUUCAACCACAUGAGCAAUGCAGGAUUUGAUCCAGUACAAACAUCUGUAUCUUAGUGUUAACAGUGUCAGGUCUAAACAUUAUAAAUGCUGUCUCUUCAGUCUGCAGUAAGUUACAUAAGUGUUCAGUUUCAGUCUGUGCAUAUUCAAAACUUGACUUUUAUGUUCCAGAGAGGUCCAUGGCUAUCACAAGGCAAGAAGUGAGUGGUCCAAACUACAUCUAAUGUCUAAUGGAGAAAUCAUGAGUUUUGUACAGGUCUGACACAGGGGAAUUUUUACACCCAGUUUGCUCAAGUGCCCAUGAACUUUUGAAUGAACUGUAGCUGAGGUUUGAGCUUGUAGUCUAGUCUGAGAGAUGGCCUGUGGGAAGGGGAGUGUUUGUUGGGAUUGUGUUUUGUUGUUUGAGUUUCACUGUAACAAAUUGUUGACAUACCUCUAGUUGGAAACAAUAGCAUACUGAAUUUGAACAUGAAAAUCAAAACUGAAAUAAGCUAAAAUAUAAAUGCGCAGGGGACAGGUUAAACUCGUCCUUCACUGUUAAUCCUUUGACAGUCCAUGGAAUUCCAGAAGAAAAAAUUUGACUGGAGAUCUGUUUAAUUUCUGUUGAAAUUAUAUUUGCCCUGUCUCCAUAGUAAUAUUAAUAGGGAUUCCCAGUCAAGAUUAAACGCUUUCAGUCCAAUGCAGACCAACAGAUCUUUCUACAACAAAUGCGGUGCUUUUUUAUUAUUCUUGCUGUACCUCAGUGUUUAUUUUGAAAAGAUAAAACUACUGCAAUACACUAAAUCUGGGAUAGGUUUUCCAGUUAUCACAAGGUCCAAAAGAUUGGAUUGUUACUUUCUCACUAGUGACUCAUGUAGUUCUUUUGUUCCAGUAGAAAAACAGAUUCCUGUAGAUAGUAGAUACUAGGUAUAGUAAAUAUUGUACCAUUAGCCAAAUUCCCUGCAGCUUCCGAUUUAUCUAACGGAAAUGUCUGUUACGGUUUUUGUUAAAGACUACAUAAAGUCAGUGGCAGGAAAGGUCCUCAUUAUUGGACUGAUUUUGCUUUUAUUGACAGAAAAAUGUCACAUGAUACUCAGGCUGUGCUUUCUAUUCAACCAUAUCACUAUGGAGGAAUGUCAAUAAAAUCACUUUGUUAUGGCAUUGUGUGGACUGUCUAUUACAAAUAAACUAUUUCAUAGAGGGUGGAAACUGGCA